CCCGCUUCGCUGCUGGAGGCAGUUAUAGAGACGCCAUUUUAGCAGAGCUUGUGUUUGAACAAGGGGAGAGGCACCCUAGCUAUGCAAAGAGUUUUUAUUUUAUUUUUUUAAAUCGCAGACUACGCCUCCUACGUUGUUUGUUGUUGGUUCUCUGUUUUAAAUUUAGAAAUAAUGUCUGCAGAAGGAGCGACUGACCAGGCUGCAGAGUAUAUCCCCGAGAAGGUGAAGAAAGCUGAAAAGAAGUUGGAAGAAAAUCCAUAUGACCUUGACGCAUGGAGCAUUCUGAUACGAGAAGCCCAGAACCAACCUAUAGACAAAGCAAGGAAGACAUAUGAACGACUUGUCACCCAGUUCCCAAGUUCUGGCAGAUUCUGGAAACUUUACAUUGAAGCUGAGAUCAAGGCUAAAAACUAUGACAAAGUGGAAAAGCUGUUUCAGAGAUGUCUCAUGAAAGUGUUGCACAUCGACCUGUGGAAGUGUUACCUUUCCUAUGUGCGGGAAACCAAAGGCAAACUGCCAAGUUACAAGGAGAAAAUGGCACAGGCUUACGACUUUGCUUUGGAUAAGAUUGGAAUGGAGAUUAUGUCCUAUCAGAUCUGGGUGGAUUACAUCAAUUUUCUAAAAGGAGUUGAAGCUGUGGGGUCCUAUGCAGAGAACCAGAGAAUAACAGCUGUCCGUCGCGUCUACCAGAGGGGUUGUGUCAAUCCCAUGAUCAACAUUGAACAGUUGUGGAGAGAUUAUAACAAGUAUGAAGAGGGCAUCAAUGUACAUUUAGCUAAAAAAAUGAUUGAGGACCGCAGCAGAGACUAUAUGAAUGCCAGAAGAGUAGCAAAGGAGUACGAGACGGUCAUGAAGGGUCUGGACCGAAACGCGCCGUCGGUCCCGCCUCAGAACUCCCCUCAAGAGGCCCAGCAGGUGGAGAUGUGGAAGAAGUACAUCCAGUGGGAGAAGAGCAACCCCCUGCGGACCGAGGACCAAACUCUCAUCACCAAGAGAGUCAUGUUUGCCUAUGAGCAGUGUCUGCUGGUGCUGGGGCAUCACCCUGAUAUUUGGUAUGAAGCUGCUCAGUACCUAGAGCAAUCCAGCAAGCUGCUCGCAGAAAAGGGGGACAUGAACAACGCAAAGCUGUUCAGCGACGAAGCUGCUAAUAUUUACGAGAGAGCCAUUGGGUCACUGUUGAAGAAAAACAUGCUGCUAUAUUUUUCCUUUGCAGAUUAUGAGGAGAGUCGAAUGAAAUAUGAAAAGGUGCACAGCAUAUAUAACCGCCUCUUGGCAAUAGAAGAUAUUGAUCCAACAUUGGUUUACAUUCAGUAUAUGAAGUUUGCAAGGAGGGCUGAAGGUAUCAAAUCAGGCAGAAUGAUCUUCAAGAAAGCCCGAGAGGACAUUAGGACUCGGCAUCAUGUCUAUGUGUCUGCUGCACUCAUGGAGUACUACUGCAGUAAGGACAAAUCAGUGGCCUUUAAAAUUUUCGAGCUGGGUUUGAAGAAAUACGGAGACAUACCUGAAUAUAUAUUGGCAUAUAUUGAUUACCUGUCUCAUCUCAAUGAGGAUAACAAUACCAGAGUUUUGUUUGAACGUGUUUUAACAUCAGGAAAUCUGUCACCUGAGAAAUCAGGAGAAAUCUGGGCUCGAUUUCUAGCUUUUGAGAGCAAUAUUGGAGACUUGGCCAGUAUCCUGAAGGUGGAGCGAAGAAGGUUUACAGCUUUCAAGGAGGAGUAUGAAGGGAAAGAGACAGCCCUGCUAGUGGACAGAUACAAGUUCAUGGACCUGUACCCCUGCUCUGCCAGUGAACUGAAGGCUCUGGGAUAUAAGGAUGUCUCCCGUGCCAAAUUCGCAUCUCUGAUUCCUGAGGCUGUAGUGGCUCCUUCCAUUGUGCCUGUGCUGAAAGAUGAAGCAGACCGCAAGCCCGAGUAUCCAAAACCAGACACGAACCAGAUGAUCCCGUUUCAGCCCCGGCACCUAGCCCCCCCAGGGCUACACCCUGUGCCAGGUGGAGUCUUCCCAGUACCCCCCGCUGCGGUGAUUCUCAUGAAACUGCUGCCACCUCCCACCUGCUUCACGGGUCCAUUCGUCCAAGUGGAUGAUUUAAUGGAGGCCUUCAGAAGAUGUAAACUUCCAGAAACUGUUGAUGCUGCUGUGGAACUCAUCACCGGCAGGCAGCCUGAGUUAGCGAGUGAAGGGAACGGGCCAGUGGAGAACAACGCAGUGAUCAACAAAGCGCUGAAGAGGCCAAACGCCGACUCCGAUGAUGAGGAGGAAAAAGGGGCCAUUGCACCUCCUGUACAUGACAUCUACAGAGCUCGGCAGCAGAAGAGAAUCCGAUGAGCUGCCCAGGGGGUAUCCUUCAGUGAGAAAGACUCUUAGGCACUAGAGGAUAUUUCAUUCUCUCUCACCGUGACCUCGCAGGACUCUUGUUUCGCUGGGGAGUUUAAAAAAAGAUUGUGCCUCUUCCAAAGCAAGUGGGCUCAAGAGGAGACACACAAGGGAUAUCUUGUGUGAGAAUGUAACUGUACAGUUGCUUUUCUGAGUUCUUUGGGUUCUUUAAGAGGUAAACGUGACAAAAACGCAGAUUCAGCUUAAUUCUGUAUGCUGUUUAAUGCACCAUAUAAAGUCUUGUGUUUUGUUUUUUAACAGUUUUAUUUUAAAAAACUGAGUGGCUUAUACUGUACAGAUUUUAAUUACAAACCUUAAUUUGACAUACAAUGUUUUGAGUUUGCCAUGUCUAGGUCCAGUAUUUAUGGCAAAAUUGAGUCAUUCUGUUUUGUAGUCAAAGCAAACAAAUUUCCAACAAAUAAAAAGGCGAAAAAUAAAGCUUUGGGUUGGAAGUAUUUUAUUUGAGUAAAGCUGCAACAAAGCCACAUUGGUAUUACAUAAGCAAAAAAUAAUAAUUCCUGUAAAUAACUAUCAAAUAACAUACCUCACCUACAUUGUAGAUGAACACUCUAAAAAACAUUUGAGCCUUUUGCCAGCUUUCAAACUAUGUGCAAAAAAGACAUAAAAAUGGCACACAGUGCCCACUUAAAUUUGUGUUUUGCCUUUCUAAAAAUUAUUUCCUAUACAUAUUGGAAAUCAAAAAAUGGAUUCUAACUCUUAAUGAAAAAUAUUCAAAAUUCCCAGUCUAAACCAUCUUUCUUUUAAAAUUAUAAUGCUGUUCUAAAACCAUUACAAAAAAUUCUGCCUAUGCCUGUAUGGAAGUAUGGAAUCAAAACUACAUUAAAUAUGAGCAAUUUUAAGAAAAUCACCAUGAUGUAAAGUAGCACAAUUCAUAAAAUGCAUAAGCUAUUUAAGUUUUCAAAGUUGGUAUAGCUAGGUUGGUUUGUAUAAAGAUAACUGUCCACAGAUACAGAUUCUAUUUCACUGCAAGCCAUAUAUGAUGCUUUAAUUACAAGCUUGCCAAGUAUAGGUCACAAGACGUUUUGUAAUAGGUUACAAUAAAGAUCUUUCAGGCUUAAA